AUGUGUGAGACACAUGAUGCCAUGACAUAUCAUGACGACACUGACGACGGUGAAGAGGACGACAGUGACAACACUGACGACGGUGAAGACAACGACAGUGACAACACUGACAACGGUGAAGACAACGACAGUGACGACACUGACAACGGUGAAGACAACAACAGUGACAACACUGACGACGGUGAAGACAACGACAGUGACAACACUGACAACGGUGAAGACAACGACAGUGACAUCACUGACAACGGUGAAGACAACGACAGUGACAACACUGACGACGGUGAAGACAACAACAGUGACAACACUGACAACGGUGAAGAGGACGACAGUGACAACACUGACGACGGUGAAGACAACGACAGUGACGACACUGACGACGGUGAAGACAACGACAUUGACGACACUGACGACGGUGACGACAACAACACUGACGACGGUGAAGACAACGACAGUGACAACACUGACAACGGUGAAGAGGACGACAGUGACAAAACUGACAACGGUGAAGACAACGACAGUGACAACACUGACGACGGUGAAGACAACGACAGUGACAACACUGACAACGGUGAAGACAACGACAGUGACGACCCUGACAACGGUGAAGACAACGACAGUGACAACACUGACGACGGUGAAGACAACGACAGUGACAACACUGACAACGGUGAAGACAACGACAGUGACAACACUGACAACGGUGAAGACAACGACAGUGACGACCCUGACAACGGUGAAGACAACGACAGUGACAACACUGACGACGGUGAAGACAACGACAGUGACAACACUGACAACGGUGAAGACAACGACAGUGACAACACUGACAACGGUGAAGACAACGACAGUGACAACACUGACAACGGUGAAGAGGACGACAGUGACGACACUGACGACGGUGAAGACAACGACAGUGACUAA